GUUGCCGAUGUAAUACUCAGCCGGUAUCUUGAGGUGAGAAAGGAACUUGGCUACCUGGGCCUCCGAAUAGAUGUGAGCCAUGGUGUCGUCAGUUAGGCGGUAUCUCGAGUGUAAUAGUGCUCUUAUCACCCAGUGAUGGUCAAGGUAUUUAAGCGUGGGUGUAACGCCAACGGACCGGGCAACCUCGAUUCAGAGCGACCACCAAGUGAGACGAGAAGAUGAACAAAAGAUAAAACAAGAAAGAAACAACCGAGUCAUGAGUAGAGCCCGCGAAGUCAGGUCAUCUUAAUCUAGAGUCCGUGGUAUGUCCCGCAAGGCCGCAAGGGGCCCAUGAGAUGAGCGUCCCGCCCCGGCUGCCGGGCGUGUCAGAGAAAGGGCGGUCCGAGUGUGCGAAACGCAUGUACAUGAACUGCGCCCUCCGGGUAUCCAGUCGUAGAAGGCGGCAGCUGCACCAGCAGCCAAUCAGUGGAAUUCUGGCGUUUACUUCGGGAGCGUGCGUAUAUUCGGUAUCUUUGUCGGCUCAUUUAGUCUGGCGGUUGGCGUCUAAUGACGUCUUAGCUCGAUGUUGCGGACCCGGAAUAAAUGCCUCUCGCUGGACGCGCUCCACGAGGGCUAUCGUGGGGUAUUCAACGGUGCUCAUGGUUGGUCUCAGGGGCGGCGAGAGGUUGAAUCGCAUGCGUGACACCGAAAGCCACGAGGCAGAGGCCAGAGUGCAUGUGUACAGUACUGAAGGUGUGUGUGGGUGCUUAUCAUUUGUUGCUGUAGACACCGAUUUGGCCACCAACUGUUGCGCCAGUCUCGACGGUAAGAACCAAGAAGCAAUACUUCAACCUCCGCCCAUACAGCAAAUCCUCACGAUACCCGACCCGCUGAUGCAUAUGACUCUAUCUGUAUAAUGACAUUUGUCCACCUGAACGCCAAAUCUCCGUUAAUCAUUCGCCUUGCUUGAUCCA